AUGUCAGACGCAGAAAAGGACAAGGAGAGCAUCGAGGCCGAGGUCGAGCAACCCCAGCUCACUGAGCCCACGUUCGAAAGCAAACCCAGUGCCCGUCGGGUUCAGUGGGCAACCACACGUACUGAGCUGUGGGCCUUUUACAUAUAUUAUAUUGGCAACAACGGGCUCUCUGGGUUCAAUUAUGGUCCUUCACAAUUUCAGAACUUGCUAUUCCUAGCUGGCUACGACCCGAGCCAACCACCGUUUACGACCCCCUGCGGCAGCGGCGGCUGUGUUCUUCCCUUCAUGGGGCGAGUGCGAGACAUUAACUCCAUCGUCCUUUUGACGAACGGCAUCAGCUUUGCUUUGCAAGCUGCCGUGUUAUUGCUCAUUGGAUCUUGGGCGGACUACGGCACCUGGAGACCGAAUAUCACAAUCUUCUUCACCAUCCUCGCCGUCGCCGUCUCCUUUGCCUGGCUGGGCGUGCAGGACCCGUCCAAGUGGCCGGCGGGGGUGGUUCUGUACAUUCUCGGCCUCAUUGCUUAUCAGUGUUCGCUAACUUUUUGGACUGCCGCGUUCCCGGGCCUGGCGCGUGACCUCCCCGAAGUGAAGGAGUCCGCGGCUCAGGUAGACGACGGUACAAAAUCCAUUCAGGAGCACGCCGACUAUGAAUCAUUUGCUCGCAACCGGAUCUCAAACGUUUCGUUCGCCGUUUGCUCUGCGGGGGAGAUUGUCAUCCUGGCGAUUAUGGUUGGCAUCCUGAAGGGUAUUAAAUCCAGCGCCAGCACCGAGAACAACACGAAAGCGUUCAGUGUGCUUAUUGCAUUCUCUGGUGGUGUCUGGUUGCUCUGCGCCUUGCCUUGGUUCUUCCUGGAGAAGCGAAGGCCAGGUCUAACACUCCCACGAGGAACGUCCUUGUUGAUCAUCGGUUUCAAGCAAACCUAUGUAGCGUUCAGGGAAUGUAUGCGACUGAAGCAGACGUUCCUCUACCUUAUAUUUUACUUUUUGAUGGGCGAUGUGUUAAACACGACCGUAACGGUCAUUGCGACGCUGCAGAAUAGCGUUGUAUCCUACUCCACUCUACAACUUACGCUACUCUUAAUUGUGGGUAUUGUGACCCAAGGUAUCGGGAUCUAUGUCUUCUGGAUAGUUCAGAAGAAAUUCCGGAUUUCAACUAAGAAGAUGCUCUGCUUCAACGUCUUCUGGAUCAUCGUCCUGACAAUCUGGGGCCUCGCCGGUGUACACACCACCAAGUUCGGGUUCAAGCAUGUCUGGGAGAUAUGGCUAUACCAGGCAUACUAUGGCCUCAUGGUCUGCCCGUGGUACGCUUACAGCCAGACGAUGAUCAGUGAGGUGUCGCCCCUCCCGCAGAUGUUCCUCUUUUUCGCGCUGUUUUCGGUCAUCGGUAAGACGUCUGCGUUCAUAGGGCCGUUCGUCACUUCGGCGAUUAUCACUGCGUCGGGGAACAACAACUCGAUGCCCUUUGCGUUCUUGUUUGCUCUGUGC